AGACAUCCGUCCAUCCGUUACAUCCGAACAUGCCGCAGCGACUUUAUAUACUGGCCUCGAUGUUGAUCAAAUCAAUACUUCUCACAGGCUAACAUGUUAUCCACUACAACCACAAGCCCCUCGGUAUCCCACUUCGACCUCUUGUCGCUCUAUCAUGCGCUUUGGCAGCAGCAGGAUCACUCUGUCGUGAGGCGGUCGUCAUGCAAGGUUGUGGAUCUGGAGGAGAAAGAACAGACACAUCCAUUCAACUUCGACACCAUCGAUCUAUCUGGACACCCUGGUGCCAAGUUACCAAACGGAGCGACCUCAAUGAUAAUUCGCCCGGCGUAUGAGACAUUGUUUCACGAGAUCUCUACGAAUGAGCGCAAUAUCGUCGUUCAUGGGUCCGCUGGUAUCGGGAAGACAUACUUUUUGCUAUUCGCCCUCGUCAGGCGACUUCUUGCGCGCCAGCCAGUCACAUAUCAGAUAGACCAGUCGGACUCGAGCGUCUUAUGUUUCACCGCCAACGGCUUCUUUGCUCUCCCGGAGGAGAACAGCGAAUAUCACCCUCUGUUCGACCGUGAAGAUGUCUUACACCUAAUCGACAGCACACAGGAAGACAGUGUCACGCAUUCGAACACAGAUCACACUCGUGCUUUGAUGCGGGGAAUUCGCAGCAAGGCCAUUUUCACCACAUUCUGGCCAGACAGUCUGGGUCACGACAUCGGAUGGUUGUCUGAAUACGAUGUCGCACUUAGGAAGUGGAUGAAACCGUGCACUUUCGACGAGAUAUUUGCGAUGAGCACUUUGACCCUCGACCAGCAUAAAGCCAAGUCUUUACGAUGGUCGUACAUCCAUUUUGGGUCGAACGCACAUGCUUGCCUGCAAGUAUCUCGUGAUGUCAGCGAUGCCGAUCAUUAUCUCAAGGAGCUUGAACGCGCUCAUGAUAAUUUGUGGAGCAUCCGACCUGCAUUGCGCGAAUCCGAAGCCCGUUACAGCCGUAACCUCUUCGCUGUCGAACCUGGAAACGCUUGUGCAGAUCCACUGUCGUUCCCCAUAUCGCAAGUCGUUACCAGACUUUUUGCGGGCGAGAUCACCUCUGUGGACUCUGCCGGCGCUAAGGAGACUGCUGAUGUCCUCCUUAACUCAGAGGACACGAAAGAAGCGGGCGAGAUCUUCUACCGUCAUGCUGUCGUGGCACUCAUGUCCAGAUCCGGUGGGACUUUUACUCUCGGACGUCCUGAUUUGCGGGGCCAUUACCAUCCGGCACACGAAGAGCUUGUGCUGCAGCAAAACACGCACAUGACAAACGAGGAACAGCGGGCUAUGCACCCGAACUUUAUAUACUCCACCCGACGGGAACUCGCGACGUUGGCGGAAUACUGCCCGCAACUCCUGCAUACGCCACAACAUGCGCUCGUGCAUCCAGGCAUUGAUGCGGUCAUGUUCGAUGCCAGCAGCAUGUCAGUGUGGCUCGUGCAGGUAACGCACGGUUCCCCUCGCCCAGUUUCCCCUGAGGGUCUUCUCUUCCUACUGGACGUCGUACGGAAAACCCCUUACGAACCGUCUCCUACGCACCCUUGGAAAUUUGUCUAUGCGAUAAGGGGACAACCCACCAAUAUUUUCUUCCGCCUCAGCGGGAAGGAAAGAACGCAGCACUUUUCGAUGAACUUCUGGAUGCCACGCAUCAAACCAUAUGUGAUGCAACUGCGCGAUACACAUCUAAACGUCCAUCCUUCGGGCAACCCCUAUGAGCAAUGGGGUUUUCCUUACAAAGUUCUGCAGAAAAGCUCGCCGAGUCUUCUGCGGCACCUUGCGAAUUCGAUGACGCACCUCGUCCCAAAGUGUCGGUGCACAACCAAAUCUGGCACUACUCAGGACACGUUCACUUCAGACAUUAAUGGUACGAUUAUACAGGAGUCGGGGGUGCCAGGAGCUCAGUUACUUGGAGAGAUUGUGAAAGAACAAGAUCCAGGCCCGGUCGACCACUAUUUACGGGAUAAUGAGGAGACGAAUAGUUGGAGGGGGCGAUUCGCAAAGGUGUUUCGAUGAGUUCUUUAUAAUUGUACAAGUGUCCGUGGUUGAUGCUAUAUCCAAUAUCUAAUUUGCUACAUCCUUGUUGUGAGUCUAAUUUCACCGGCUGCAUCAGUCAAGUGCAGGUGAUGUUCAUGCGUGGCCCGUA